AUGGUAGAAGUGGAACCGUCGUCUGCCAUAAGUGAUUUUCAAGAUGACGACGACGAGGAGGAGGAGGACACAAACGCAAAUGAGGAGGCGGAAAAAUGGAAGAAGCUGGAGAAACAGCUGAAAUUCGAGCGGGAAGAGCGGCGAAAAGUCGAGGACGAAAUGGAGAAGGAGAUCAGAGAGGUCGAGGCGAAAUGGAUGGACAAAGUGAGAAAAGCGUCGGAGGAGCGCGACGAUAUCGCGCGCAAAAUCGACGAGUUCGAGGAGAAAAUCGAUAGUAUGCAGAUGCAAGUGCACAGGUGAAUACAUAGUAGUCGAUUUGUUUUGGAAUAACACCACAAAAUGUGAGCAAUGCUUUCAGAAGUGAAACUUACAAGACGGAAAUCGAAGAGACCAAUCAACGACUUCGACUGCAAUACGAGGCACUUCAGCGCGACUACGAGGAGACGAUGCAGGAGCGAAGCAUCGUUUUGGAGGAGAAUUCGAGACAAACCGAGGAGCGCGAACGGUUGCAGAGGGAAAUUGAGCGGAUGAAGGAGGAGACGGAAGAGAUGACGUCGCUCAAGAAGAAGUUGGAGCACACGAGACGUCUUCUGCAAGUCAACAUGGAGGAGACGGUGACGGCGAACGCGAAGAAGGACGCCGCGUUGGCACGACUCACGGAAGCCGAGGAGAAUGGGGCGAGGAUGGCCGAGCAGCGAGACGAAGCGUUGAGGAAGUGCAAGCAAACGACCGCAGAUGCUAUUGUCGAUAUUUGGAACACGCACUCGGUUCAAAUCAAUCUGGUAAGUGGGUCAAUCGAUAGAGCUUGAAAUUCUAAACACUUUUUCUCUUGGUCACCUUUCUCUACCGUACCUACAAGCAGAGUUAUGAAAGCCUAAAGUUCGCAGAGUAAAAAAAUAGGGGCAAAACUGAUUUGCAGCCAUUUCCAAAGCCGAAUCUCGGAAUUGUGCUCGGCGGCGGGCGUACCGAAGACGGAACUAUGGUGCAUGGACCGAUUUAUGUGCGGCACAUUGCGCACGGUUCUCCGUUUGAGAAUCUUUUGAAAAAGCUGGAUCACAUAAUGAUGGUCAACGACAUUUCGGUGACCGAUAUGGACGAGCGAAGUGUGAUGGGAAUGCUCACAAACUCGCAUCACAUCCAUCUGGUCAUUCGGAGACGCUCCAAUUGCAACAAGAUCAGCGACGUGUGCUUGCCUCUCAAUUAUGGUACGUAUCUCAAUUGCCAUUGAAGAUAUCAAAAAGAUGUCAACUGAUAAAAUGUUCAACGUUUCUUAAUGGUCAUUUUAUUAGUUGACACCUUUUCAAUAUUUCCGCUCGCCGCCGAGAUACGAUGUUUUGAAUAAACGGUAUGAAAACCUCGAUUUUGCAGGUGUCGGCCUCGAACUUUCCAACGGUGUCUUCAUAAAUUCGUGUGAGCCGAACGGAGCAGCCUCGCGAGCAGGGCUUUGUCCAGGCCAGCGGGUCGUACACGUCAUGAACACGCCCGUUUAUGAUGCGAAACACGCGGAGCUUCUCAUCAAAAGUAAGCGUUUUAGUGACGAACUUUGAACGGAUAUUGUAGAGCUAGAAGAUGUCCUACCAACUCACAAAAUUUUCUAGUAAUGCUUCCAGUCUACUAUUUCAUUUUUGUAGUUGGUCACUUCUUUGUACGCCCUCGCAAAAAGGUACUGUAGCUGUAGGAAGUUAGGGCUGCUCAAAAGUGGUACCAACUUCCAAGCGCUACAGUACUUCAGCGAGUGGUCCUACAAACAAGAGACCAACUACAAAAAUGUAGCACCAGACAUGUACAUCAUUUUUGUAGUACACACCUUUUUUGUACAAAAGCGCCUAGCACGUUGAAAUUAGCGUUUUUCAGACGCCCGAGAGCCUUUGAUAAUUGGCAUAUUGCAAUCGACGAAACGAGGCGAUCAUUCCGGAAAAGACAAACAAAGACCCACUAUUUUUUCGAGGGUCUGUUCCUUUUUCCGAACCUGUCCAAAAGUAGCAAAAAAGUGUUGCAGUGGUUCAGCCGGAACGGAACGGAAAAGGAGCGAACUGUGGUCGCGAAGGCGAACAUCGACCGGAGCAGUGAGCAAGUGCUGCUCCGUCAGGGAUCGCUCCGAAUGCCGCAGGCCUCCCCGGCCUCUUUGAGUCCGUUGGUCCGUUACGGAUCAUUGCGGGCGCCGACGUACUCGACAAGUGUGGCGGAUCACUCGAAACUGAUGAUAGACACUCUUGACAAGAGAUUCAACGCCAAGUUUGUCGCCUAUUCGAACUACAGUAAUCCUAGUCGCUUUUCAGAAGCUCCGCCCACUCUGAAAUCAGCUCUUCGACUGCUCACGGAGCCACGUGGAAUCAAAAUGAAAAGGAUCUGGUGUUCGCUGGGACUAAUAUCGAAGGCGUGCCGGUUUAUGUGCCCAAGAAUACCAUUUUUAGCACGCCGACAAGUCCGGUGACGUGGGUUGACCGUUCGGGAAUCGGAUAAUCAUCAAACGCUUUUUUUGUAGACGACUGAUGCGUCAGAACAGCGAGCAGAAGCGUACAAUGUCGCAAAUAUCGUCGCAUCGCGGAAGUGGCUGGGACGGCCGAAGCUUCUCCUCGAACACGACCACCUCCGACGCGCGGCCCUACUCGAUGCACUUCACGCCGACCUCCUCGACGAUAAUGGAGGGAAAGCCGCAUCGGAGAUCCGCCGUCUACAGUCCCAAUCAUCCGCCCGCGUACCCGGCGAUUCGCGACGAUUCAUUGUCGUCGGUGAUGUCCUCGAGCAAUUCGAUCCGAUUGCCAAGCACCAGUUUCUCGAAUCAGUAUCCGAAUAACUGUAAGUUGUAUGUAGAGCUUGAAAUUCUGAUCAUUUUUCUAGUUGCUCACUGUUUUUAGCGCUUAAAGGACCAGGGAACCCAACAAAUUUUUGAUUUUUUUUGUGACUGUUUUAAUUGUCUCUUAUUGCCUCAUACACUGGUGAAAUGCUGCCUCUCAAAAAUGCCAAUGAACGAAACGGCGUGCAGUUGAAGUUGUGGCCGUGGCCUAGCGCCAAUGGCCUAGAAAUAUGCGCUUCUCGGCCAUUUUUAUUUUUUCCGCUUUUUUACCGGUUUUUUCGCGAUAAAAUCGCCCUUGUUCCACGGAAACCACUCAUCUGGCACUUCGUAUCGACUGAAUAAAAACAAUUUGCAGCAGUGAAAAAUAAGUAAGUGCCGAACAAAUGUCAAUAAAUUGAAAAAUGGGAGAAACCGUGAAUUCUUGGAAAAAAACCGGUAAAAAAGCGGAAAAAAUAAAAUGGCCGAGAAGCGCAUAUUUCUAGGCCAUUGGCGCUAGGCCACGGCCACAACUUCAACUGCACGCCGUUUCGUUCAUUGGCAUUUUUGAGAGGCAGCAUUUCAGCAGUGUAUGAGAAAAUAAGAGACAAUUCAAACAGUCACAAAAAAAUCAAAAAAUUGUUGGGUUCCCUGGCAUUUUUGAGAGGCUUUCCAUUUUCUCGUUUCAGCGGCAUGCAGUCUGACGGGCGGCACUGCUCCCCGACAUUGCAUCAGCAAAGAGGGCAGCGACUUUUCAAUCUCAACGACCGGCAGCGCGAUGCACAACUACAACAACGAGUCGAGAGCGAACAAAAAGUAUCACUUGUCACGUGGCGGCAAUCAUCAUUCCGAGUCGCUUUUGGUCAGCCGAUCGAGCCAACCGAGACUGGUCGAGGUGCCGAGGAGCGAUGUGAAGUUGUGCGGCGGAAAUGCGAUUGGUAUGGCUGGAGAGAAAGCGAGAAUGCAUGCUUCAACUUUCAGGUAUCCUCGCAGAAAAGUCGGUAGGCUCGGAGCUGCUAGAAGGCGAUUUAAUAUUGUCGAUCGACGGCAACUGCGUGCGUAACACCACUCUCGAGUGUGCAGUCAACACACUUUUGGCGGACGACGUCGAACUCGCGAGCCUUCUGGUCCAGGACGGCGGGGACCGUUUGAACCGUCUGCGUCUGGGCGCUGACGGCGACAGUUUCUUCCUGCGAAUCAAUAUUGAUCGAUCGAUUGAGAACAAAGAGGGACUCGACUUUAAAUCGGGCGACGUCGUGUUCGUCGACAAGACCCUUCAGCCGGGCAAGAAGGGCCGUUGGAGGGCGUGGAAGGUGGACAAGGAGGGCCGGCAGCGGGAGCACGGCGACAUCCCCAGCUCCACGAGUCUCUACCAGUCGAUCCGCUCGAACAGCCGCUUCGGAACCGCGUCGAUCAACCCGAAGAAGGCGUACGAGUGGGUGGAGAAGUUGGACACAAAAGUGCGGCGCCCGGUGCUGCUGUUCGGAGCGCUCGUCGAGCCGUUCAUUCAGAUGCUCGUCGACGAUUCCGACAAAUUCUCGAUUGUGGCCAGGGAGUCGCUGACGGCGAGUUUCGAUGAAGUCUCCGCGCUCGUCAGGGACAAGGUGCUCAUUGAUUCGAAACAGAAUCCGGAUGUCUACGAUUUGUACCACGUCAUUUCAACCGCCCAUAUCAUGGAUAUCACUGCUCAAGGGUAUGUUUUAACACUUCGAAUUUUGUGCUCAUCAUUUUUCUAGUUGAUCACUUUUUGAUUGGAAGUCUGUUCAGCGAGUUAUGAGCGUUUAAAGUUAGAUGACAAAUGUGCACAUUCGAAUAUUGCAGACUUCACUGUGUGCUGCACGUAGAACAAGCGGCGAUUGAGCGUCUACGAAAAUGCCGAAUGUAUCCGAUUCUGGUGAUGAUUCGGUUCAAGAACGGAAAACAGUUGAAGGAUGUGAACGAGCACAUUUGCGGCGAGAAGAUCAGCUCCAAAGACGCGAAAAAACUAUUGGAUCAGGUACACAAUUUCAUCAUUUUUCCCCUAGUCUCAAGGUUGCCGAGUUAAACGCGUUUAAAGUCAUUUGCGACAGUUUAUCCGCCAAUAUUUUCAGGAUCAAAAACUGGAAAAAGAUCUGGAAGGUGCGGUGACGUUGCUCGUUCCCAGUCACAAUAACGUCAGUUUCAUGCUGACUCACGCCAUUCUACAGGUAAUUUCGACGGCGAUUCUCAAAGAAAACAUUGCAUUUUCAGUUGAAAAAGUUGAUUGAAGACGAGCAGAAGAGGAUUGUGUGGGUGCAACGAAAAGUCGAUGAGGAAUAA